AUGAAGGGAAAAGAUCCCUUCCGUCUGUGUAUCAUCAUUCUACAGCAGGAUAGGAUAGAAGAAAUAUAUAAGUUUAAACUAAGUAAUGUAAGCAAUGUAAGAGCAACCAGCAAACUUGAAGGCGCAUCCCACACGAAGCAACAGCAACAGCAACAACAGUGCCAGGGCAGACAGGUCUGCUGCCGUCGACCAAACUACCGGCCACCACAACCAACCCACGCCAAUCUGGGAAAGUGUGGAAUCCGUAACGCCCAAGGCAUCAACGGUCGCAUCAAGAACCCGGUCUACGUCGAUGGAGACAGUGAGUUCGGCGAGUACCCCUGGCAGGUCGCCAUCCUCAAGAAGGACCCGAAGGAAUCGGUUUACGUUUGCGGUGGUACCUUGAUCGAUAACCAGCACAUCGUGACCGCUGCCCAUUGCGUCAAAACCUACAACGGUUUCGACCUUAGAGCUCGACUCGGCGAAUGGGACGUCAAUCACGAUGUCGAAUUCUACCCGUACAUCGAACGGGACAUCAUUUCGGUCCAAGUUCACCCGGAAUACUACGCCGGUACCUUGGACAAUGAUCUGGCCAUCAUGAAGAUGGAUCGCCCGGUCGAUUUCACCACUACACCUCACAUUUCGCCGGCCUGUCUCCCGGACAAAUUCACAGACUUCUCCGGUCAGCGCUGCUGGACCACCGGAUGGGGCAAAGACGCCUUCGGAGACUACGGAAAGUACCAGAACAUCCUCAAAGAAGUUGAUGUGCCAAUCGUCAACCACUACCAGUGCCAAAAUCAGCUUCGACAGACACGUCUCGGAUACAGCUACACCCUUCAUCCGGGCUUCAUCUGUGCCGGCGGAGAAGAGGGCAAGGACGCCUGCAAGGGAGAUGGUGGUGGUCCAUUGGUAUGCGAACGCAACGGUAGCUGGCAGGUUGUCGGUAUUGUGUCCUGGGGAAUCGGUUGCGGUAAGGCCAACGUACCCGGAGUGUACGUCAAGGUGGCCCACUACCUAGACUGGAUCAACCAGGUUCGCGGAAGAUACUAAGCGCCGAAAAGCAAAGUCAUACUCGCAACUGUAGCAAUUAAACAAGACAUCAACUCAUAUUUAUUAUUUCUGUAAAAAACAAAACAAAGUGAAAUCGAACCGGAAGCAAAACGAGAACAACGAAACCAGUGAUAUACUUUGAGACAUUACCCCGAUUACGAUUAAGGAAUAAACAUCGACCCAUUUAAGUAAACACUUCGGUGGCCCUGAUACCGAAAUCCGGAAACGAGUAUCAGAACGGAAUACAGCCGCCGGAGUCCAAGUGUAUAAUGCUAUGUUGCAGCAUUUCGUUUGUUAAACGUGAAUCAUUCAAAAUAAUUGUAGCUUCACUCGAUAGAAUUAAGGUGUACCGUUAAGCUACGAAUAAAUUAUUUUAUUUAUUCUUCAGUCUA